UUAUCCUUUGAAAACCGCCAUUGAAUUUUUGAACCCUAAACCUGCAAUUAUUUCCCCGCUCAUCCAAACGCGCAUUCCUUCUUUCUUAGAGAAGAAGAAACGAGUUUUUCAACCGUCUCGAUCCUAAUCGGUGCCGGCGUCUUUUGUAGGUAAAAAUCACUUUUUUCCCUAGAGAGAGAAAGAAAUUGAUUAAAUUUGUGCAUUUGUUGAUUUGGGUCUUUCGAGAUUUCGAUGUCUACUUCGACGGUUUCAUUCACCGCCAAUCCUGCUCUCGCUAAGAGGAGGCAAGUGUUGAUCGGUGAAGAGAAUAGAUCUAUUAAAGAAUUGGUAGUCGGCGAUGGAACCGCGACUUCGGGAGGAAAGGAGGAUUUCACUCGUUCAGUUCGGGGUGAAUUGGUUAUGGAAGCAACCAGAGACGUAAUACAUGUCAAGAAAUCUCUUCAGACUUCACCUCCUCGACGGUCAAGCCGAAAGCCGAAGACUGAAAGGCCUCGCUGGUUGACUAUAUUACGCGUUCUCACAAAGAAUCUUUCGAUCUUGAUUGUUUUAUUUGGAUUGGUUCAGAUGGUUCAGAAACUAGCCCUGCGUUCCGGCAAUGUAAGUGAUAAUCCUCCUAUUAAUGAUUCUUCUUCAGAAGAUAUUUCAGUUUUUAAGCAACGGUUAUUGGAAGUAGAAGAAUCUGUGAAAGCCUCUGCUAAAGUAACUGAAGGGAAAGUUGAAGUUGUGAAUCAAAAGAUUGAGAGUGAAAUAGGGGGUAUAAGGGUAGAUCUGAAUAAGAAAAUUGAGGAACAGGAGUUGAAGCUUACGAAUGAGUUGAAGAAAUUAGAUGGAAGAACCUCAAAUCUGGAGGAAUCCCUGGUUAAGUUGACCACCAAAGAGUGGUUAGCCAAAGAGGAAUUUGAUAUAUUCUUUGAUGAGUACAGAAAAGCCAGUGGACUUGACAACAGUAAUUCACAUCAUAUUAGCCUUGAUGAUAUGAGAGCUUUUGCAAGAGAGGUUGUAAAAGAUGAACUCAUAAAGCAUGCGGCUGACGGUCUUGGUAAAGUGGAUUAUGCACUAGCAUCGGGUGGGGGUUUUGUUAUGAAGCAUUCAGAAAUCUACAACUUAGGGAAGCGCACAAAUUGGUUUUAUGACAACAGCCAGGUUAAAGUUCACCCAGAUGCAGAGAGGAUGCUUAGACCUAGUUUUGGGGAGCCUGGUCAGUGUUUUGCAUUGAAAGGAAACAGUGGUUUUGUAGAUGUUGGGCUCAGAACUGCUAUAGUUGUUGAGGCUGUGACUUUGGAACACGUUUCUAAGAGUGUUGCAUACGACAGGUCUAGUGCUCCUAAAGAUUGCAGGGUUUCAGGCUGGCUGAGAGAGGGAAAUAAUAAUAACAAUGGGGAAGAGAAGAAGAUCCAUUUUCUGACUGAAUUCACAUAUGAUCUUGAAAAGAGUAAUGCUCAGACUUAUGAGGUGUUGGAAUCAGCAGGUACUAAUGUUGUGGACACAAUAAGAUUAGAAUUCACGUCAAACCAUGGAAGUCCUGCACAUACGUGCAUAUAUCGGUUGAGAGUUCAUGGCCAUGAGCCCAGCAGCUCUACCUUAAUGGUGUCAGCACAGUAUUGAACUCGGUUUUUGCAAUAUGUUUUUGAUUUCUCGUUAUGAAACUAACUGUAGUUGUUUGGAGUGUGUUUGUAUGGAUAAAACUACGAUUAUGUGUAUUGUGGUUAGAAACUUUUGUGUUAGGCUCUCAGCUCUUUUAUGUUCUUCUGGAAAAAUCUGUCUGGGAAAUAUAUAUAUAUUACAUCUCAAGUGUAAUGUGGUCCUUUUGUAAAUCUUAUUUAUUCAAUUCACUUCAA